AAGAAUCAAACGAUCAUUUGUUUUAAUUUAGUAAAUCCUUUUUAUCUGUUCUAAUUAAUUGGUGAUAAUUUUUAUUUCUUAUGUAAAACUAUUUCAUCCCAGGCAUGAUAUUGGUGGAAAGUAUACACAUGAAUUGAAAUCGUUUCAAGGACUCUUCGAUUCUGUAAAACUAGGAUAGAUCUAACAUCAUUGGAUUGAAUAGCUUGGUGAACAGUGAAAAUAAGCUAUUUCGAGGUAGCCUCAUUAUCUGGCAGAUAUUGAAAUUUCAUUGUCUUGUUCAAUAUGGAACCAGCCAAUCCAAUGAAUUGCAUGCAAAUGGAUGAUGAUGAAGAUGAUGGUGAUGACCAGAUUAGUUUAAAUGAUUUACGGUUAAUGUAUGCUAAAUUACUAGAAAUCCAUAGGAAGGAUAUUGCGACGGAGUGUGAUUUAAGGGAAAGGAUAAAGGAGCUAAAGGCUUCCUCAAUCGAAAAGAAAGCGGAAAAAAUGCGAAAUCAAGUGAGAGAAAUCAAAGAUAAAAUUGAAGCUACCAAAGAGGAAAAUAAGAUACUAUCUACGUUUAGUCUGGAUGGAUUUGCAGAGAAUCAAGAAAAAGUGAAAAAUCUUUUGUCUGAACCGAUUGAUAUUAUAAAUAAUGAUGUUACCAGAUUAUCAGAGAAAACUACCAUUUUCAGUGAUUUUGUUUUAAAUUCAAAGAUCUCUUCUGCCUGUCAAACUGAUUUAACAUUUCCACCAUCUUUCUCGUGUUUCUUCUCCACAUCAUCGCAAGAGGAUAAACCCUUCAACGCUCAAGAUGCAUUCAUUGAGAUACAAUUGGCCCAUAAAAGGCAGUUAGAAGAGCGACUAAAUUAUCUAAAGAAACAAAUGUGGUUUGAUGGGCCUGAUGUUAUGCUAGUUAAAUUUGAUGAUUAUGAAAAAAUGAUUGCUAAGUCAAGUUCCAGAAGACGAAGAAGACUCAAACGAAAUCAAAACCAAUUUGAUUGUUACCUUGAUAUUAGUGAUAACCUUGAAAAACGUCCAUGCCUGGAAUCACCAUCACCAUCACCUUCAUCUCCAUCCUCUCAUGGUAAUAAUAAGGUUGACGAAGUGCAACUAUUUUUUACCAAUUCACCAAAGCAAACCAAUGGUCAAGGAUCUCAAGACCAAUCGGAUUGAAAAACAAUUUCCGAAAAUUAAUUCAAAUUAUCUGCCAUUUUCUUACACUUUUGGUGCCAAUUAUAUCAAUAAGUCAUGCCUCAACCUAUUGUACGUGUUGUUAGUUGCUACUUUUUGUUUCUUUUACAGUCACUCUUCUUUGUCUUAACCUACUGUUGAUAUAUCAAUUUCAUUCUAGUUAACUUUUUUACACAUGGUAUUAUGUUAUUUCAACAAAUUUCGUGGUUAAUUCAAGAAAACAAAAUUCAACCUUAUCAACUUGAAGAUGCUUGAAUAUUAUUACACUAAAUCCAAACACUGAGAAACAAUCCUUUUCAUGUAAAAUUGUAACGCUUAAUCCAAUGCACAGCUAAUUAAAUGUUACCUUGUACGAUAUCCAGAUUGAAAGCCUUUAGUGCUGCAUAGUUAAUUUUUUUUAUAAUUUCUACUUCAAUAAUUUUCCACUUCUAUCUAGGAAAAAUUAAAAUUUUAUUUGCUUA